CCCAUCUGUUUUAGGCAGGAUGUGGGUUUUAGUCUCUCUAUUUAGCAUUGCUGCUGCCAGCCCCAACCACACUUCUGAUUGCCUAGGAAGAACAGCCUUUGAAAUUUGACAUCUGCAUAUGGAUAGAUUUCUUUACAUAUUCAUCAAUGUCUGAAGAAAUUACUUAUGCAGAUCUUAAGUUCCAGAACUCCAAUGAGAUGGAAAAAAUCGAAGAAAUUGGCAAAUUUGGGGAAAAAGCACCUCCAUCUCGCUCUCGUGUAUGGCGUCCAGCAGCCUUGUUUCUGACUCUUCUGUGCCUUCUGAUGCUCAUUGGAUUGGGAGUCUUGGCAAGCAUGUUUCACAUAACUUUGAAGAUAGAAAUGAAAAAAAUGAACAAACUACAAAACAUCAAUGAAGAGCUCCAGAGAAACUUUUCUCUACAACUGAUGAGUAACAUGAAUAGCUCCAACAAGAUCAGGAACCUUUCCACCACACUGCAAACAAUAGCCACCAAAUUAUGUCGUGAGCUAUAUAGCAAAGAACAAGAGCACAAAUGUAAGCCUUGUCCAAGGAGAUGGAUUUGGCAUAAGGACAGCUGUUAUUUCCUAAGUGAUGAUGUCCAAACAUGGCAGGAGAGUAAAAUGGCCUGUGCUGCUCAGAAUGCCGGCCUGUUGAAGAUAAACAAUAAAAAUGCAUUGGAAUUUAUAAAAUCCCAGAGUAGAUCACGUGACUAUUGGCUGGGAUUAUCUCCUGAAAAUGGUUACACUCCUGAUACGAGAGUGGAUAAUAUAAUCAACUCCUCUGCCUGGGUUAUAAGAAACGCACCCAACUUAAAUAACCUCCAUUGUGGAUAUAUAAAUAGACUAUAUGUUUACUAUUCUUACUGCACUUACGAAAAAAGAAUGAUAUGUGAGAAGAUGGCCAAUCCAGUGCAGCUUGGUUUUAUACAUUUUAUGGAGGCAUGAGGCAUCAAUCAAAUACAUUUAAGAGGUGUAGGGGGUGGGGGUUCCAGGCUAUAGGUAAAUUUAAAUAUUUUCUGGUUGACAACUGGUUGAGUUUGCCUAAAGACCUGGGAUUUUAUCAUUCAGAUGAAACAUCCAGGUAGCAAGCUUCAGAGAGAAUAGAUUGUGAAUGUUAAUGCCGGAGAGGUAUAAUGAAGCAUGUCCCACCUCCCACUUCCCAUCAUGGCCUGAACCCUGGAGGAAGAGGAAGUCCAUUCAGAUGGUUGUGGGGGGCCUUCGAAUUUUAAUUUUCACUUACAUUCUUCCCCUUCUGGCCAAGAUUUGCCAGAGGCAACAUCAGAAACCAGCAAAUUUUAAUUUUGUCCCAUAGCGUUGCCAGGGUGGCAUGGUUCCCCAUCUCAGGUCCGUCCUAUACUUCCGUGGGACUCCCUAUGGUUGAAGGCCUUAUGAGUCAAAAGACUUAUAGCCAAUUGGCUGUUGUAGCUCAGAUAAGAAUGGAUGUGGACAUGAAUUUAUUACCUCUUAAAAUUAUUAAGUAAAAGCCAAUAAACAAAAAUGUAAAGGCAAGUUACGAGACUGACUUAUUUUUAACCUCUGUGUGUUGAGCUACUGUAAGCUUGGCUUUUAUUAAAGACAU